AUGUCUGCAGAUACUUCCCGCGUACGCAAGGAAGGAGAAGUGGAUGGCCAAGACUACCAUUUCAUCUCAAGAGCGCAAUUUGAGACGGACAUCUUGGCUAGAAGGUUUGUUGAGCAUGGUGAAUAUGAGAAGGCAUACUAUGGAACAUCGUUGGAUGCGAUUCGAAGCGUGGUACUUGCAGGCAAGAUCUGUGUGCUCAAUCUCCAUCCGCAGUCUCUCAAGAUCCUUCGCUCUUCAGAUUUAAAGCCGUAUGUGGUUUUCGUGGCACCACCAUCACUUGAAAAGUUAAGGCAGAAGAAGAUCAAAAAUGGAGAAGCAUUCAAGGAAGAUGAACUGAAGGACAUCAUUGAGAAGGCUCGUGAAAUGGAAGACAAGUAUGGGCACUUCUUUGACAUGAUCAUCAUCAACAACGACACAGAGCGUGCAUAUAGACAGUUGUUGGAUGAAAUCAACAGUUUGGAGAGGGAACCUCAAUGGGUUCCAUCUGCCUGGGUCAAGACCACAUAGGGGUAAUGAGCUUCAUGCAAGAGGCCCAGGCUGAAACUUGAUCAAACAAUCAUUGUAAAGAGUCUUCUGAUUUCCAAAUAAUUUUUAUACUGCACUCAACUUCGGAAGAGAGUGAGUGAUGAUGCAAUAAGUUAAAUGUCUCAUCAUUUAUACAAGUCUAUCGUUGAAUCACGUGUGUUCGUAUUCAGCAGCAGGAAACAUGCACAUACUAAUACAAACAUUGCCUGUUGCUGAACCAGUGUUGUUAACAAAACUUUCUUUUUUUUAAGAAUAGUGUUCUUGUACAUUGUGUUUCAUUGAAAGGUAGUGACGUGUGGUGCUUUGAGAUUGUAAAUACAUUCACAGGGGAAAGUGAAAGGAGUGAUUUCCUGUUGGUGUACAAAGACCUCUGAUGUUAAGAGCAGUGUGAGAAGAUAUUGAUCACAAGCUUCAUGGAGUUGAGUCAUGAUCUUUGGUAAAAUUGUUUGACAUGAAGUGAUAUAAUUGAUACUGGAAAGCGUUGAUCAGAGAAAGAGUCAUGGGUUGGGACUUGUGAUUUUGUUGUCUUAUAAUUAUAAUUAUUAUAAGUAUUAUAGUUAUUAUAAGUAUUAUUAUUAUUAUUACUAUUACUAUUAUUUUUUAUUAGAGUAUCUGAAAAUAGAUUUAUUUGUUGAUUUAUAAAGCAAAAGGUGCUUGAUAAUUCAGUUUUGGUUGCAAUAUGUUAAUAUAUUAAUAUAUAUAUUUGUCAAUCAUUCUCUUAAUUUUAAGCAUUAAUCAUGAGUUUAUGUUUCUUUCUAAGUGUAUUUUCAACUGAACAUUUGUCUACUUUCUGUUACACAAAUUUAUUGUCUAUUUUUCUUUCUUUCUUUUUUUCUUAUAGAAAUGCUAAAAUGUGCUUGAUAUUUUAU